AUGGCUAAAAAUACCUAUCGUCAAAAAAAGAAACUGAGUUCGAAGAAAAAGAAUCCUCAACUGAUAUCCUGUAAGGUUACUCCGGAAUUUAACUACCGGGACUCACAAAGGCUGUGGCAGACUCUUGCAAACGAGUGCAACGCUAUACCUGGUUCUAAAAAGACUUGGCGGCAGUGGCGAAAGGUUUAUGUUUUUUUAUUGAUAUAUCUUAAUUUACCUUUGUGUAGUUUUCUGGAUCUGACUAGAAUGGAACUGGUUUUUCCACAAGAAAAACACGGCUGCCUGGAAAUAAGCAGACUCCAAUACAAACACAGUUCAAAGCAUUCAAAUAACAGUGUUUUCAACUGUGAUCUCUUAGCAGUACAUGAAAGAAGAAAAGUAGAAUUAAAAGAAGAGUACGUUUGA